CUAUUCACAGCAUCAAGUCAUGUAUAGAACUGUCCUUAGAUCAAGUGCUAUUCGCUCCAGAGUUGGGCAACGUUUUAUGUCCAGCAGACCAAGACUUAGUCAAGGUUAUAAUAAUCAAAUCAAGUAUACAAUUGUUGGAUUAUCAGCAUUUGCCUUAUUUUAUAACACCAGUACUUCCUUGAUUCAUAAUGAAGUCGACCAAAAGAAAGUCGAUGAAGGCAAGGAAAAGGCUUUAAAAGAAGCUAAUCCAGAAGAGCUUUCUCAAAAGAAAAAAGAAUCUAUUGGUCAAGCCAAGGUUGCUGAUAAAAUUCCAGCUGAAGAAACUACUCCAGUUACUAAGAAUGAAGUUGAAGAAGGUGAACAAACUGGAGAAGGCCAAGGUGAAGGUGAAGGGCAUCAAAGUGCUGCGUUCAACCCAGAAACCGGUGAAAUCAACUGGGACUGUCCAUGUUUAGGAGGUAUGGCCCACGGUCCAUGUGGAGAGGAAUUCAAAGAAGCUUUUUCAUGUUUUGUUUACUCUGAAAGUGAACCAAAGGGUAUUGAUUGUGUUCAAAAGUUUCAAAAUAUGAGAACUUGUUUCAAACAACACCCUGAACAUUACAAAGAAGAAUUAUAUGAAGAUGAUGAUGCUGAAGAACAAGCCAUUGAAUCAUCAUCUACUUCUUCGGAAGAAAAACAAAAAUUAGUCGAAGGCGCUGAAGCUGUUGGUGAUGAAGUUAAAAAGGAAGUUUCAAAUUAAGGGGUUUGAAACCGCUUUACUUAUUUAUAUAAAAACAAUCAUAUCAUGUACAUACGUCAAAUACUUGAAAAGUUA